ACCUUCGCCGCCCCUUUUCUGUUUCCUUUAGGUAGAUUUUGAGGCAUAUAUAUAAAUUAUCGACUCAUCCUGCACUAGGGCUUCAAAAUUCCUUUUGUACAAUAAUACCAAAAUAGUUGUUCACAGCUUAUCAAUGGGAUCAGUCAAGAGGAAGUCGUUAGAGGAAGGUCCUUCAACUUCUACACCUCCACCGAACAAACAACAGAAAGACAAUAACGCUGAUAAGAGAUUAACGGGAACCAACGAUGAAGCUGACGCGGGGAUUGCUUGUGUUCAUGAUGUUUCAUACCCGGACAACUACAUUGCUGUUCCUCGGCGGUCGAAUGUCGAGGAAGAUUCAAAGCCCGCUAAGGAAUUUCCGUUCACUCUCGACCCUUUUCAGUCGGAGGCAAUUAAUUGUCUGAAUGCCGGAGAAUCUGUGAUGGUAUCAGCGCAUACAUCAGCUGGGAAGACUGUUGUGGCAUCAUAUGCUAUUGCAAUGUCACUGCGGAAUAAGCAACGAGUAAUAUACACUUCUCCUAUAAAGGCACUGAGUAACCAAAAGUAUAGAGAGUUUAAAGAAGAGUUCUCUGAUGUUGGUUUGAUGACUGGGGAUGUUACUAUUGAACCCAAUGCUUCUUGCUUGGUGAUGACCACAGAAAUUUGGCGUAGUAUGCAGUACAAAGGAUCAGAGGUCACAAGGGAGGUGGCAUGGGUUAUUUUUGAUGAGGUACAUUAUAUGCGUGAUAGAGAAAGAGGGGUGGUUUGGGAAGAGAGCAUUGUUAUGGCCCCAAAAAAUGCUCGUUUUGUGUUCCUCUCUGCUACAGUUCCAAAUGCAAAGGAAUUUGCCGAUUGGGUUGCGAAGGUUCAUCAGCAACCAUGUCAUAUUGUUUAUACAGAUUAUCGGCCCACACCCCUUCAGCAUUACCUUUUCCCUACUGGAGGUGAUGGUUUAUACUUGGUGGUGGAUGAAAAGGGAAAAUUUCGUGAGGACAGUUUUCAAAAAGCUUUAAAUGCCCUUGUUCCAACUAAUGAUGGUGACAAGAAGAAAGAUAACGGGAAGUGGCAGAAGGGGCUGGUCAAUGGUAGAGCUGGUGAAGAUAGUGACAUUUUCAAGAUGGUGAAGAUGAUUAUUCAACGCCAAUACGACCCUGUCAUAAUCUUUAGCUUCAGCAAAAGGGAAUGUGAAUUCCUUGCAAUGCAGAUGGCGAAAAUGGAUUUAAACGAGGAUGACGAGAAAGUGAACACUGAAACCAUCUUUUGGAGUGCUAUGGACAUGUUAUCAGAUGACGAUAAGAAGCUACCCCAGGUAUCAAAUAUGCUUCCCCUCUUGAAGCGUGGAAUAGGUGUGCAUCAUUCUGGCUUGCUGCCCAUAUUGAAGGAAGUAAUCGAAAUACUAUUCCAAGAAGGCUUAAUCAAGUGCUUGUUUGCCACAGAGACAUUCAGCAUAGGUCUUAAUAUGCCUGCAAAAACGGUUGUCUUCUCUAAUGUCCGCAAGUUUGAUGGAGAUAAGUUCAGAUGGCUAUCAAGUGGGGAGUAUAUACAAAUGAGUGGCCGUGCUGGUCGUAGAGGAAUUGAUGACCGUGGGAUCUGCAUUCUUAUGGUUGAUGAAAGGUUGGAACCUUCCACUGCUAAAAUGAUGGUCAAAGGGAGUGCUGAUUGUUUGAACAGUGCUUUCCAUUUAAGCUACAACAUGCUUUUGAAUCAACUGAGAUGUGAAGACGGUGAUCCAGAAAAUUUGCUUCGUAAUUCAUUCUAUCAGUUCCAAGCUGACCGAGCCAUCCCUGAUCUUGAGAGACAAAUGAAGGAUCUUCAAGAGGAAAGGGACUCAAUUCACAUUGAAGAGGAGGAUAGCUUAGAAAAUUAUUACUCUUUGCUGCAGCAAUAUAGAAACUUGAAGAAGGAUGUCCGUGACAUCAUCUUUUCUCCUAGAUACUGCUUGCCAUUUUUGCAGCCUGGCAGGCUUGUGUGUGUCCGUUGCACAAGUAAUGACGAAAGUACCCUAGCUUUGUCAAUUGAGGAUCACGUCACAUGGGGUGUUAUAAUCAACUUUCAAAGGGUGAAGGGUCUUUCAGAAGAUGAUACAAAUAAAAGCCCAGAAGAUGCAAACUAUACGGUGGAUGUUCUUACAAGAUGUGCAGUGUCUAAGGAUGAACUUCUAAAGAAAACAAUUAAGAUUGUUCCCUUGAAGGAUGCGGGGGAACCUGUUGUUGUUUCUGUUCCUGUUUCUCAGAUUGACAGCUUGAGUAGUGUGCGUCUCAUAAUAGCAAAGGAUCUUUUGCCAUUGGAAAAUCGGGAAAAUACCUUGAAGAAGGUGUCUGAAGUUCUCUCCAGAUUUUCUAAGCAAGGAAUACCUCUCUUGGACCCUGAAGAAGACAUGAAGGUCCAAAGUGGGUCAUAUAGGAAGGCUGUCCGCAGGAUUGAGGCACUAGAGAACCUAUUUGAGAAGCAUGAAGUUGCAAAGUCUCCACUUGUUGAGCAAAAGCUGAAAGUGUUGCACAAGAAGAAAGAAAUUACUGCUCAAAUUAAAGCAAUCAAAAGGUCAAUGCGAUCUUCCUCUGCACUGGCCUUCAAAGAUGAGCUCAAAGCAAGGAAAAGGGUUCUUCGGAGAAUGGGAUAUGUGACUAGAGACGAUGUUGUGGAAUUGAAGGGGAAAGUUGCUUGUGAAAUUAGCAGUGCCGAUGAAUUGGUGUUAACGGAGCUCAUGUUUAACGGGGUUUUCAAAGACAUAAAGAUAGAAGAAAUGGUAUCUCUUUUAUCUUGUUUUGUGUGGCAAGAGAAGCUUCAGAAUGCUCAAAAGCCCAGGGAAGAACUAGACAUGCUUUUUACACAGUUGCAAGACACAGCUCGGACAGUUGCCAAAGUUCAGCUAGAAUGCAAGGUUGAAAUUGACGUAGAGGGUUUUGUGAGUUCGUUCAGACCUGAUAUUAUGGAGGCUGUUUAUUCAUGGUCCAACGGGUCCAAAUUCUAUGAGAUCAUGGAAAUCACACAAGUGUUUGAAGGCAGCUUGAUUCGAGCCAUCAGGAGACUGGAAGAAAUUCUUCAGCAAUUAAUACUAGCAGCAAAAUCCAUCGGGGAAGUUGAACUCGAAGCCAAAUUUGAAGAGGCGGUUUCAAAGAUCAAGAGAGAUAUCGUGUUUGCAGCGUCUCUAUACUUAUAGACAGCGGUUGAUAACGUAAAAUAGGUAGAAGAAAGCACAUGACCAGUCUCACAAGAGGAAGGAGAUUGGUCCUUUUAAGGUAACAUUUUUGUAAUGGCAUUUUUAACAAUGCCUUUCUUGUGUAAUUGUUUUGACUGGCAAAGGUUGAUGAUAUUUAUUGAUCCAAGUAAUUCAAGGUUAUUGGAAGCAACAAAAUAUACAAAUUGAA